CCGCCCUGAGGCGAAGCCCGCGCUCGCUGCGGAUUGGCCCAAAGGCGCGCACGGGCGAGUGCGCGCGCGUUCGGACCAAUCGCCGCCGCCCGUGCUCCGCCCCCCUCCCAACCCCGCGCUCCGCUCCGCCCCCUCCCUCCCGCCGGAAGAGGAAGUGGCGCUGAGGAAAAUGGCGGCGCUGCGGCGGUUGUUUCUAACCCCUCCUCAGACGAGCCUGGUUGCUGUCAGAUGUGCCUCUAAGAAAAGUGGAGGCAGCUCAAAAAAUUUAGGUGGCCGCAGCCCUGGGAAGCGAUAUGGGUACAAAAAAGUUGAAGGUGCAUUUGUGCACGCUGGCAACAUCUUGGCUACGCAGAGGUUGAUACGCUGGCAUCCAGGGGCUCAUGUGGGGAUGGGCCGUAACAAGACGCUCUACGCCCUGGAAGACGGGAUUGUCAGAUACACCAAAGAGGUUUAUAUACCCCCACCCCGCAGCAGUGAGAGCCGGGAGGUGAUCUGCCGCCUACCCAAAGGAGCGAUUCUUUAUAAGACCUUUAUCAACGUUAUCCCUACCGCAGAAGUAGGAAGUUUUAAACUGGUCACCAUGCUCUGAGCCUCCUGCAUUGGCACAGGGACAAAUGGGAUGGAGUGGCUGGGACAUACUGCUCCAGCAGGACUGGCAGCGAGGACAGGAACAUUCUCGCUCUGAAGAUACCAGUUUAGGACUUUGUUUUCUUGCUCCUAAAGCACACUUGGGCAGUGUCCAGGCACUGGGAUCACCAGCUGGCACUUGUGUUUAAUAAAUACUCUUGAAGGUCUUGACUGUUCAUAGAA